UCCUCCAGCUUUACAAAUACGAUAAGACCAAAGCUGCAAGAACUCUUCCAGCACUAUGGUAAUGGUUAACCAGAUAAUUCAUUUAGGGGUGGGAAAAGAAAACAGUCAGAAGUUAUUCUGUCUUCUUUUCGGCGCUUGCCCGCCUUCAAAGAGUUGAAUUCAUUCAUAGCGGGACUCAGAAUGGAGGCGAAGUUGCAGCAAGAGAAACAAGAGUCGGAACAUAAACAUUCAAAUGAGGACCAAGGUGGGAUCCGUCACCGAUUGCGGGACAGGAAUCUUCUCAGGAAGAGAAAAGUGGAAGCAGAAGAGAAGGAGACUAACCAGUGGGUUUCUGGGGUUGAGAGCCAGAGGAAAAAACACAGGGCUGAGAGUAGCACAAAGAGGAGAGGGAAGCCCAAGAAGAGUGAGCCCAUGCCGGAGAUCUCUAUCAUUCAGGAGGAGGCAGCUGUGUCUCAGGAAGUUCCUGUGUUGGUGGUCCCUGAACCAACGGAGGUCAUACCAGAUCAAACACCAGGCUCUCUAUUCCCUUUACUUGCUGUGGAAUCACAACCUUCACCUGUCCCUGCUGCCGCUGCACCUCGGCCACUGUUUGAAUCCAUCCAAAGCUCCAUCUUUGCUCCUACUCUGACUUCUCCAGCACCAGUUAAGCCGACUACAGCCCUUUUCUCACCCUCAACUCCUGUUCCAUUUCCCGUAAAAGUUCUAGACACGGCUCCAGUCCUGGUUCUAGAUUCACCUCCAGCUCCAGAUGCUGUUCUGGUCACAGUUCCAGUCCUGACUCAAGCCCUUGUUCCAACUGCAGCUCCUGCUCCUGCUGCAGCUCCUCUGCAGGUGGAGACUAUCUUCACAGAGGCACAAUGCAGGGAGGCCCUUGACCAGGUCCUGAUUAAGGACCUGGGCCCUGAGGAGGAGGGGGACAUCUCUUCAUCUCAAGACAAAAGAGCCAAUGAAGAUUUGAUUGGGACAUCGUCGUACAACAUACCUGACCAAAACAAAAUGUUGCCAACCUUGUCCCUGACACCUCCUCCACAAAAAUAUUUCCCAGGAAAUUUAUUCUAAUUUUCUAAAGCACACUUUUCAGAUACUGCCUAGGCUCAGACUUCCUUCUUUUCCGAUCACAGUUUGUUUCCAAUAUCAUCUUUGACAAAUGUAUCAAUUCAAAACAAAACUGUAUGCCUAUUUAUUCUAGUUUGUUCUUCACUGCAAAACUUUUUUGUAUUUUGCAUUCAGUAAACAGCUAAUUUAGCUUGCUUUCAAUUAAGAGUAAAUUGUAUAAAUCACUGGGGAUGAUGUGUUUGUAAUUAUGGAUAGAAUUGUCUAAAAAGUUGUUAUUUACCUAAUAAAAUACUCUACUUACAAUCAUC